GUUAAAUCGUUAUAUUGUUAUGAAUCAGUAUGAUGUAAAUGCAUGUAUUGGCGGAUUUUUAGAAUAGAGUAUCGAGCAGUAUUUGUCCAUUUGAAUAGAGUAUUGAGCAGUAUGCACCUUUUUGUUAUUCAUUUUAUACCUUGCCCAAGUGAGAGGAACUACUAACUAGUAGUUUAUAUUUUUUACUUGUAGACUCUUAGAGAGAGACCAUAGCACUGUUCUGUACUUGUUACCUUGUCGCGUUGUUUGGUUGUUGUGGCGGAAGAUGGAGGAGGAGCUGAUGAAGGUCGCUCCCUGCUCCUCCCUCGCCGUCGACUCUGUUCUUCGAGUAGGAACGGCAGGUCUCAUCUGGGGUUCUUGCAUCGCUCCCUACGAUGCCCGUAAACAAGGCCUGACUGCCGCUGCUCGGGCUUCUUAUGUAGCUAAGACGAUUGGUGGGCAUGGUUUGAUUUGCGGGCUGGUAGGUGGAUGCUUCUCUGGUACACGUUGUGCACUUCAGAGAUAUAGGCAGAAGAAUGAUUGGGUAAACACUUUAGUAGCUGGAGCUGCAGCAGGGGCUGUUGCUGCUGCGAGAACUCGAAGCUUGCCGACUGUGGUUAUGUCAGCAGGUGGGGUUUCUGUCGUCGCUGCUAUGGUUGAUUACUCCACAAGCCUUUGAAGGAAGCAGCGGCUAAUUGUGGGCGACAAAAGCUGGAAGAGAAAGAGAUGCAAGAUAGAUUAGAAGCAAGGUGAAACCUUUUGUUCUUGAAGAACCUGUUUUUAGCCCUCUUCAUAGCUUAGAAUUUUACUAUGAUGUUUCCUUUGGCUAGAUACAGAAUGUGCCAUACCCAUCAGUCACUCGAGGGCACUUGAGUGUUGUUCACUGAAAACCAAUGUUUAAUAAACACUACCGUGCCGGCAGGUCAGACAGGAAAUACCGGAUACUGGACACAAAUCGGUAGGCGGUUUUAGCCUUUGAUCAGGAACGUGGAUUCAGUGUAGCAAACCUGUGGAACCGGAUGCAUGUUAGAAAAGACUCUAGGAACUAGUAAUGGAUGCCAGUAGUCCUUGGGGGGAAAAAACUUAUCUGGGUUUACAACUUGUUUGCAUAGUCAUGUGUGUUUAUCUCUUUCCAAAUGCUAUUAGCCUAUUACUAACAAGACGGGCUUUCCCCUGCGGAGUUUUUGGUCUGGGGAGAUAAAAAUAUCAUUCACUGGUGCAAUGUCAAGGUGUUGUGCGUACCAAAAUGGGGACACUAAGAAUAAGAACGUUGACUGGGUCGAUUGGUAAGUUGUUGUGCCUGCCAAAAUGUGAAGGUCGGUGUGGGAUUUAGAAGCUUCAAGGACUUUAAUUUUGUUUAAUCGCUAGCCAAAACAACUAACAAGCAUGGCGCCUCAGCCCUCAUGAAUUCUCCUGGUUUUGCUUUUGGAGUAGCUUCUUAACAGCCUCUACUUCCACCAAUUGAACUUUUUCUAUCAACAAGGGUAAUCGGGCACAUUGGAUUUCGGUUUAGAUUUCGGGCGGAUCAAAUAGAGAAGAAGAUAAAUGGUUGGAUCAUGGGUUGGGUUGGUUUUAAUGAUAUGGCGGGUUUUAAUGACGUGAUGGGUCGGGUUUUGUUUUUGUUGGGUUAAAUGGGGCUGAAACGAACUGUAUUAACGGAGUUGGAUAGAGACUAACGUAGAGUGACCAAACAUGGCGUGGGUUACUAAAUUUAGUGAUCAUUAUUGAUAUUAAUUUUUUUCACUGACUAAAUGUGACACGUUUAGUAAAUUCCGUGACGAAACUUGAAAUUUACCCUGGAUAAAAUGUUGCACUUUUGCUCUUACCUAUCAUUUCACUUCUAACUAAAAGCUAGCCUUGAUUGCAUUACUUAUAACCAGUGUUAUUAAAGCCGAGCCGAGCCGCUCGGCAUGACCAGUAAAACCUCCACCCGACCCCAAAACCGACUCGGAACAGUCUAAAAGCCGCUCCGGUUUUAUGUAGCGAUUGACGAGCGGCCGAGGCGGUUAACCGCUCAAGCCGAUCGAGCUGCUCGUCCGGUUUUUACCAUUCAGCCGUUAAAUUUAAUUAAAAGAUUACAGAAAAUUAAAAAUUGAAAUAAACCAGAAACGUCGGGCUCUCAAACUGAAUCCUUAUUUCCAUUUCACAAUUUCGAAGGAAAGAGACGAGCUCUAUUAAGAAAUGUCAACUAUUUAUACUGAUAACGUUUAUUAGGUACCGAUUCUCUAACGAUUUUUAAAUAAUUUAAUGCCGAUUAUAUCACUAAAGUGCAAGCCGUUUGCAUUGCUCGAUCAUGCUCUGGUUCGAUUCUGAAAACAUUGCUUAUAACCAUAUUUUCAUUGUUGGAAUGAAUCUACUCUUCAACAUCCUAAAUCAAUAAAAUCGAUCUGGUUUCCUUUCCGUCAACAAGUUAUCGAGAUUUUUCGAAAACGAAAUAUCGGGUGGGAAUUAAAAAUGUGCUGAACC